AUGUCAUUACUGCCAUCUCUGCACUGUAGUCCUAAGCAAACAACAUGCUUGGAGCACCGCGCAGGUGCCCUGGCAGCCGAAGUGUACUACCAGCAGGGCGCGACCGCCUUUGUGGGCCCCGGCUGCAGCGCCGCCCUGGACCACGUGGGCCGCAUGGCGGCCUUCUGGAACGUGGCGGCCUACACAGCGGGCGGCCUCGACGACAGCUUCAAUAGGAAGAACAUCUACUCGACGCUCACACGACUCAGCUUCUCGUUGGACCGUAUUAGCUCGUUUUUGGUCUCCGUUUUGCGGGAGUUCGACUGGCACCACGUGGCCAUCAUUGCGGACGAGAGCAGCCUUCAGGACAUGCUGACCCUGAAGAGCAUCGACCAGGAGAUCAAGAGCACCUCCCAGUACGAGCUGUUCGCAGAGCGCUACUACAUCAAGCAAUUCGAUUCUCCAGAAGUGAUUCUCAGGCGACUCCGAACGGCUCGAGACAGGGCGAGGGUCUUCGUUAUCCUGUGCACUGGCGAAGUCCUCCGACGGAUCUUGAUCCUUGCCCACGGACUCGGCAUGUCUAAUGGAGAGUUUGUUUUUCUCAACGUAAACCUCAUAGACAGUCAGAGCGAGUCAAGCGGGUUAUCUUGGUACAAGCCUAACGACAAAAUGAACAGGAUCGCUAAAGUGAUGUAUCAAUCUCUAAUGGUAAUUCGGGUUCGAGUUCCAACCACAGACGCCUAUAGGAAUUUUGUCGCCUUACUUAUCAAGUCUGCUAAAGACAACUACGGUAUGACCAUAUACGACUACGAUGUAAAUCCCGUGGUAGCUGCUUUCUACGACAGCGUUCUUAUGUACGCCUGGUCUCUGAAUGAAACACUCGCUGAUGGCGCCGACCCCACCGAUGGGAGGGGUCUAGCGCGAAGACUUUGGAACAUGACCUUCAAAAAUGGCCUCACUGGAGAUAUAACCAUUAAUGAAAAUGGAGACAGAGAAGCUGACUAUACCCUCAACGAUUUGGAUCCUGAAACUGGACUGAUGGUGCCGGUCGCCACGUUCUUUGGCUUACGCAAGACAUUUGAGUACCUAAAGAACAGUGACAUCCACUGGCCCGGAGGACGCACGACACCACCACCUGACGUCCCCGACUGUGGCUUCACAGGAGAAGCAAGCCAUUGUCAGUUACAAGAGCCCUUUUCGCCGUACGCUACAGCAGCAAUCGCCUUAGUCGGAUUUUUGAUAAUAGUUUCAAUCGCCGGAUUCUUCAUAAUCAAGAAACUUCAAUAUGAGUCGCAGCUAAAUGCGCAGUGGUGGAAGGUAUCCUGGGAUGACAUCACACUUCCAGGGAAGCUUCUGGACAAUGGGAGUGGUAACAACCCCAGCCAACACAGCAGCCUUGCCAGCCAGGGCAUACGGGUGGCUAUCAAACCGCUUAACGUGAAGAAACUCCAUGUCAACCGCCAACUGCUCAUGGAGAUGAAAAUGGUUCACGACCUCACGCACGAGAACUUGGUACGCUUCGUGGGUCUCUGCCUGGAGGACCCCAACGUUUCAAUUAUCACUGAACUCUGCCCGCGGGGAAGCCUCAGGGACAUGCUUGAAAAUGAAGACAUCAAUAUUGACUGGAUGUUCAAGUGUUCCAUGAUCACGGACAUUGUAGAGGGUCUGAAUUACUUACACGGGUCAAGCAUACAAUUCCAUGGAAGACUAAGGAGCACAAAGUGCGUCGUGGAUGGACGGUUUGUGGUGAAGCUGACCGAUUACGGACUGCGACAUCUCCACGCACAACUCCCGGAACCGGAAGACAAGAAUCCAAGAACCCUGUUCUGGACGGCACCGGAGUUCCUGCGCAUGAAGGAGCCCCGCCUACACGGCUCGCAGAAAGGAGACAUCUACUCGUUCGCCAUCAUCCUGCAGGAAGUGAUCACCCGCUCGGGGCCAUACGAGUCCCUCGAACGCAUCGGCCGCACACGGAGCUUCAUGGAACCCGAAGAGAUCCUGGACCGCGUGAAGAUGGGCACGGCGCCCCCGUUCCGGCCGGAGGUGUCGCCGGACGAGUGCCCCGCCGAGAUGCUGCGUCUGAUGCGCACCUGCUGGUCAGAGUCUCCCAACGACAGGCCGACCAUCCCCGAGGUCAGGCACGGAGUCAAGAAGAUCACCAAGGGACUUUCCAGCAAGAAUUUCUUCGACAACCUUCUUCAAAGAAUGGAGCAGUACGCCAACAAUCUGGAAUCCUUGGUCGAAGAGAAGACUCAGUCUCUUAUGGAGGAGAAAAAGCGCACGGACGAACUGCUCUACCAAUUACUACCAAAGUAUGUGGCCGAUGAACUCAAGAAAGGCGCCCACGUCCAACCGGAAGCCUUCGAUUCGGUCACGAUUUUCUUCAGUGAUAUAGUUGGAUUCACGUCGCUGUCUGCUGACAGCUCCCCGAUGCAGGUUGUGACGCUGCUGAACGACCUCUACACCUGCUUUGAUGCCAUUAUCGAUCAACAUGAUGUGUACAAGGUUGAGACCAUUGGCGACGCCUACUUGGUUGCUUCGGGUCUGCCCAUUCGGAACGGAAACGACCACGUGCGAGAGAUCGCCCGCAUGGCCCUCUGUCUGCGCGAACAACUGCAGUCCUUCAAGAUAAGACACUUACCCCAACGCAAGCUGCAGCUGCGCAUCGGCAUCCACUCUGGCCCCUGUGUCGCUGGCGUCGUGGGACUGAAGAUGCCCAAAUACUGUCUUUUUGGGGACACUGUCAAUACAGCCUCACGCAUGGAGACGACAGGAGAACCUCUCAAGAUACACGUGAGUCCAAAAGCGAAGGAACUUCUCGACACCUUCGGAACAUUUGUGCUGACUCUAAGGGGUGAAGUUCAAGUAAAGGGCAAAGGGGUAAUGACAACAUAUUGGCUGGAGUCGGAGAACCCUCCACACCAACUAAAGAACGCAAGUUCUUAAUUCAGAUGCUGCACCUGUACAGUGGCUUCGUAACUGCGCGGUUUCCAUGCGUCAUGUUGAAAGAAACGCCGUCUCAUCGAAAUGUCUUACGAUCAACACCUGUAUACAUCCCUGCACGGGAACAAAAGAAAAGGGCUAAGUGACGUGACUGGCUUCAGAACGUCGUCGUACAUUUCGAAACGGCGCACUCAGUGAUAUCGCGUUAGUCAGAUUCCACGACACUCUAGUUAUUGUUGUAGUCGCUGUUGUAAAGCAGUGUACUAAGAAAAGAGAAAAAAAAAAAAAAAAAAAAACUCUGUCGCGUAGAAGUAUAUCUUAACGAAAAAAAAAUAUGGUGAUGAGAACGCCAAUAGAAGUACAAUUUACCGAAUGUUUCAAACGAUAGUCGUUCCUAUAUAUUCCAUUCGCAAAUAGGCUCAGAAAGCACGCUGUUGGUUUUCUAAGAAAAAAAAUUAAUAAAAUCUCGGUUGUUACAGUCAGAAUGAAUUUUUUUUUUUUUUAUGUUAGUAAAGCUAGCAAUUUCGCGUCGAUAAAAGUUAUAAUAUUUGGCUUGCGUACAUUGUGGGGAAGGUCUGACGCAGA